CACAGUGGUGUGAGCUCUGGGACUGACUGUGGCCACAGUCUCUGCCGUCCUAUCUGGAACCCAGGAUUACUCUGGGAGUAACUUACAGAGGAAGAGACCAAGGAGAAGCCCAGAGCCAGAACUGGCCCAGACCAGUCGGCUGCCAUCCGAGCAGUCAGCCAGACCCAGGGCGGCCCCCUCCAGGCUGCUCCGCUCCUCCCAGAGGAUGCUUUGGGAGUGAGGCGAGGCUGGGCCGCCCCUCACCCCUGCACACCCUCUCCUUUCCCCAGAGUCUCCUGGGGCUUGCAUGAUCAGGCCUCCCUCCCUCCUUCCCAAUAGCUUCCUAUUUUGGGUCCAGCAAAAUAACAGAGGACAGUGAGGAGGACUUCCUGGAGGGGGUGACAGCACAUACCAGAAGCCAUCAGCAGCAUGGGCAUCAUGGGGCUUCCAGGUGUGAUGCCAGCUUUGAUCCUCAAAGGCCAGUUGCAGUUGCUGCCUCUGCUAUGGCUGCUGGGACCACAGUCCUCCCAGACCCUGGUCAUCACACCCCCAGGGCCACAGCUUGUCCUCAACAUCUCCAGCACUUUUGUUCUGACCUGCUCGGGUUCAGCUCCAGUGAUGUGGGAACAGAUGUCCCAGGUACCCUCUCAGAAAGUGGCCAUGACCCAGGAUGGCAACUUCUCCAGCAUGCUGACACUGACUAAUGUUACUGGGGGAGACACUGGAGAAUACUUCUGUGCCUAUAACAACUCCCUAGGACCAGAGCUCAGUGAGCGGAAACGUAUCUACAUCUUCGUGCCAGAUCCCACCAUGGGCUUCCUUCCUGUGGACCCUGAGGAAUUGUUCGUCUUUGUCACGGAAGUAACUGAGACAAUAAUUCCAUGCCGAGUGACAGACCCCCACCUGGAGGUGACACUGCAUGAGAAAAAAGUAGACAUCCCUCUACAUGUCCCCUAUGACCACCAGCGAGGUUUCACUGGCACCUUUGAGGACAAGACUUACAUCUGCAAAACCACCAUCGGGGACAGGGAAGUGGACUCCGAUACCUACUAUGUCUACAGCCUCCAGGUGUCAUCCAUCAAUGUCUCUGUGAAUGCAGUGAAGACUGUUGUCCGCCAGGGUGAGACAAUUACCAUCAUGUGCAUCGUGACUGGGAAUGAUGUGGUCAACUUCAAGUGGACAUACCCUCGCAUGGAGAGUGGGAGGCUGGUGGAGCCAGUGACAGACUACUUAUUUGAAAUGCCCUCUCGCAUUGGCUCCAUCCUGCGUAUCCCCAAUGCUGAGCUGAAUGACUCUGGGAUCUACACUUGCAAUGUGUCAGUGAGUGCAAAUGACCAUGGAGAUGAAAAGUCCAUCAACAUCACUGUGGUCGAGAGUGGCUACGUGCGGCUGCUGAGAACGCUGGGUCCUGUACAAAUUGCUAAGCUGCACCGGAGCCGGACACUGCAGGUGGUGUUCGAGGCUUACCCGCCGCCCACUGUACUGUGGUUUAAAGACAACCACACCUUGAGUGACUCCAGCGCCGGCGAGAUGGCCCUGUCCACGCGCAACGUAUCUGAAACUCGAUAUGUGUCAGAACUGACCCUGGUGCGGGUGAAGGUGGCAGAGGCUGGCUACUACACCAUGAGGGUCUUUCAUGAGGAUGCUGAGGCCCAGCUCUCCUUCAAGCUGCAGGUCAAUGUCCCUGUCCGUGUGCUAGAGCUGAGUGAGAGUCACCCUGCCAAUGGGGAGCAGACAAUCCGCUGUCGUGGGCAGGGCAUGCCCCAACCAAAUGUCACCUGGUCUACAUGCAGAGAUCUCAAAAGGUGUCCACGAAAGCUGUCACUCCCACUCCUGGGGAACAGUUCGGAGGAGGAGAGCCAACUGGAGACUAAUGUGACUUUCUGGGAAGAAGAACAGGUAUACGAGGUGGUGAGCAUGCUUCGCCUGCGCCACGUGGACCAACCACUGUCAGUACGCUGUAUGCUGCAGAACUCGGAGGGCAAAGAUGUGCAAGAGGUCACUGUGGUGCCACACUCCCUACCCUUCAAGGUGGUAGUGAUCUCUGCCAUUUUGGCCUUGGUGGUCCUCACCAUCAUCUCCCUCAUCAUCCUCAUUAUGCUGUGGCAGAAGAAGCCACGAUAUGAGAUCCGAUGGAAAGUGAUCGAGUCUGUGAGCUCUGAUGGUCACGAGUACAUCUACGUGGACCCUGUGCAGCUACCUUAUGACCCCACAUGGGAGCUUCCACGGGACCAGCUUGUGCUUGGACGCACUCUCGGUUCUGGGGCCUUCGGGCAAGUGGUGGAGGCCACGGCUCAUGGUCUGAGCCAUUCACAGGCCACUAUGAAAGUGGCUGUCAAGAUGCUGAAAUCCACAGCCCGCAGCAGCGAGAAGCAAGCCCUCAUGUCCGAGCUGAAAAUCAUGAGUCACCUCGGGCCCCACCUGAACGUGGUCAACUUGCUGGGGGCUUGCACCAAAGGAGGACCCAUCUACAUCAUCACAGAGUACUGCCGCUAUGGUGACCUGGUGGACUACCUGCACCGCAACAAGCACACCUUCUUGCAGCGCCACUCUGACAAGCCCCGCCCACUCAGUGCUGAGCUGUACAGCAAUGCGCUGCCAGUGGGGCUCUCCCUGCCCAGCCACUUGUCCCUGACUGGGGAGAGUGAUGGUGGUUACAUGGACAUGAGCAAGGAUGAGUCUGUGGACUAUGUGCCUAUGCUGGACAUGAAAGGAGACAUAAAAUACGCAGACAUCGAGUCCUCCAACUACAUGGCCCCUUAUGAUAACUAUGUCCCAUCUGCCCCUGAGAGAACCUAUCGGUCCACCCUGAUCAACGAGUCACCAGUGCUUAGCUACACAGACCUCGUGGGCUUCAGCUACCAGGUGGCCAAUGGCAUGGAGUUCUUGGCCUCUAAGAAUUGUGUUCACCGAGACCUGGCGGCCAGGAAUGUGCUCAUCUGUGAGGGCAAGCUGGUCAAGAUCUGUGACUUUGGCCUGGCUCGAGACAUCAUGCGUGACUCGAACUACAUCUCCAAAGGCAGCACCUUCCUGCCUCUGAAGUGGAUGGCCCCUGAGAGCAUCUUCAACAGCCUCUACACCACCCUGAGUGACGUGUGGUCCUUUGGGAUCCUACUCUGGGAGAUCUUCACACUGGGUGGUACUCCUUACCCAGAGCUGCCCAUGAACGAGCAGUUCUACAAUGCCAUCAAGCGGGGCUACCGCAUGGCCCAGCCUGCCCAUGCCUCUGACGAGAUCUAUGAGAUCAUGCAGAAGUGCUGGGAAGAGAAGUUUGAGAUUCGGCCCCCCUUCUCCCAGCUGGUGCUACUUCUGGAGAGGCUGCUGAGCGAGGGUUACAAAAAGAAGUACCAGCAAGUAGAUGAGGAGUUUCUGAGGAGUGACCACCCAGCCAUCCUACGCUCCCAAGCCAGAUUACCUGGAUUCCAUGGCCUUCGAUCCCCUCUGGACACCAGCUCUGUUCUCUACACUGCUGUGCAGCCCAAUGAGGGUGACAACGACUACAUCAUCCCCUUGCCUGACCCCAAGCCAGACACUGCUGAGGAGGGCCCCCUGGAGAGUUCCCCUAGCCUGGCCAGCUCCACCUUGAAUGAAGUCAACACUUCCUCAACCAUCUCCUGUGACAGCCCCCUGGACCCCCAAGAAGAGUCAGAGCAGGAUUCCCAGCCGGAGCCCCAAACAGAGCCUGAGGCAGAGCUGGAGCAGCCACAAGAUUCUAAAUGCCCUGGAUCUCUGGCUGAAGCAGAGGACAGCUUCCUGUAGGGGCUGGCCCUACCCUGCCCUGCCUGAAGCUCCCAUCUGCCUCCUAGCAUCCAACCCUCCUGGCCUGGCUUCCCAGCAGCCAUGCUGUCACCAGCUGUCACUUCGAAGGUUCCUGCCCCCUAUAGGCAGCACCCCGAGUCUACAGGGCCGGCUUAGCUUAGGAGGCAAGAACACAGCAGGGACUAAGCCUCUGCCUUGGGGAGGCAUUGGGACUCUGAGCUGGGCCUCCCCAGGAGACACAGUUUCCCCGAAUGUGAGAGAAGUUGGGUUUGAUUACCCACAGUCUAGGCUCCCCCUAGCUGCCAGACAGGUACAGAACCUGGAGUUCCUGGAGAGAGUCUUGAGAUCUAAAAAGGUAUGUUCACGUCUUUCUGUGCAGCCAGCUGCCCCCUCAAUUCUAUCCCUCCGCUUUGAUCUUCCUGAGAACUGGGCAAGGACUUGGUACCCCCGGCUACUCGCCGAGCUGUGGCAGGCCUUGGACAGUCAUUUCAUUCAGAACCCACCUCUCCUGGUGCCAGUCUCUGCUUUCCCAGGCCCGAGCUGGUCUGGGGCCAGUUAUGCUUAAUGAAUGCUGUCAGUGCUGAGGGCUGAGCUGAGUACAAGAUACUCUGGCCUGUAGCCCCUGCCCAGAGCACCUGGGGCACACCCACCCCCAUCAGUCCUGGGACUUUUCCCUCAUCAUUCUCAGUUGAUCGGUCCACCAGAGUCUGCUGGCCCAUAGCACAUCUGUGAUAUGCUUAGUGCCAGCGUUAGGUGAGCACCAACAGGAGGCCCUGACUCUGCCCUGGGUCUCGGAGGAUGCCCUUGUCGUUUCUGGGCCCAAUUUUUUCCCUCUUUGAAAAAGGAGCAAGUUGGACUCAUUAACUCUGAAUACACCACUAUUUUAGAAUCAUCCAGGGUUUUGCACACCUGUCCAGAUGAAGCAAGAGCAAGUCCCUAAGCCACUUUUCUUGGAGUCAGCUGGGAUCUGGGGGGAUUCCAGACAUACACUAUAUUCCUGAGCAUUCAGGAACUGAGCCCCCAAGAGCCGCUGCCCAGACCUUGACUUGGAGUGACAGCCAGUGUCCUGGAAAGCCCCCACAGCUGCCGCAGGGGACACAGAAAGACCAAGACCUCUUUCACACCAUAAUGAACUCUGGAGCCAGCUUGAGCAAGAGGGGCAGAGAGGAGAAGAUAGGUCAUUUCAGGCCACCAGGAAUGUGACAGACACAAUGAACUAUGAGGACAUGUGUGUUCCACGUAGGACAUAAGAGAAGGUGCUGGGGUCAGGGGGUGCCGUCUCAACCACCAGCUGCUCCAGCCCGAGGCAGCACCACAUAGGAGUUUGGUUUUUUGUCACUGCCUGGGUCUAGCAAUGAUACCUCUCUGUCCCCAAACUGGUGGACACUGGAGGUGCGCAGGGAGUAAGGAUUGCAACAGAGACCACCAGGAGGGAUGGGCUGGAACCCCAGAAUAAGGGAAGUGAAGCCUCCUGCUCAGAGCCUUGGAGCCAGGUGGAUUAGCUUCUCACAACGGUACCAAAGAUGUAAUCACCUAGGUUUACAAGUAUUUUUAGGCCUCACAGUAACUCACAUUUAUACAUCAGAAGUGCUAUUUUGUAUGCUGUUAAGUUUUCCUAUCUGUGUAAUUUUUUUUAAGGGAAAGAUUUUAAUAUUAAACUUGGUGCUUCUCACUGAAA